GCUGGCGCCUGCGCAGUUAGUUCUCAGGGACGAGCUAUUUCUUCCGUGGCAAGAGCGGACAGGAGGACUAUGGCGGAGGAGGGGCAGAUAAAGGAACAAGUGAAGGACCUGAUGAAGGCUACAGUUCUCAUGCGGCACCCCCAGCACGUCCAGGAGAUCAUUCACUCCUUCAGGAAGGGAGGGCGCAACAAAUUGCAGGUCAUUUCUGACUUUGACAUGACCCUGACUAGAUUUGGAUUUAAUGGAAAGCGCUGCCCUACGUCUUACAAUAUCCUAGAUAACAGCAAGCUCAUCAGUGAGGAAUGUCAGAAAAAGUUAAAGGAUCUCCUUCACUAUUAUUACCCAAUUGAGAUUGAUCCAAACAGGACAGUCAAAGAGAAGUACCCCCUUAUGGUAGAAUGGUGGACUAAAGCCCACAGUCUCCUGUGUCAACAGAAGAUUCAGAAGUACCAGAUAACCCAGAUUGUUAGAGAUUCAGAUGCAAUGCUCAGGGAGGGGUUUGAGACAUUUUUCAACACACUCUACCGAGGCAAUAUUCCCCUUCUCAUCUUUUCUGCUGGUAUUGGAGACAUUUUGGAAGAGAUUAUCAGGCAGAUGAAUGUUUUCCACCCCAACAUCCAUGUUGUGUCCAAUUACAUGGACUUUGAUGAAAGUGGCUACCUGCAGGGUUUCAAGGGCAAUCUCAUCCAUACAUAUAACAAAAAUAGUUCAGUCCUGGAGGACUCAAAGUACUUUGAACAGCUCCAAGCUAAGACCAACAUUCUCCUGCUGGGUGACUCCAUGGGGGACCUGACUAUGGCUGAUGGGGUGUCCAGUGUGGGAAACAUCCUGAAGAUUGGCUUCCUGAAUGACAAGGUAGAGGAACAAAGAGAGCGAUAUCUGGAUUCCUAUGACAUUGUGUUGGAGAAGGAUGAGACCCUGGAUGUGGUCAAUGGGAUCCUAACCCACAUCUUGUGUGAGCAGGACCAGGUGGAAAUGCAAGAAUCUUGAUUACAGUUGAAGACUCUCAAAUGCUCCGAGCUGGCUCUUCAAAGACUUUUUAUCCCUCUGUAUACAUAAAAAACUCUUGGUUUCUAAGAGCCACUCAACCCCAGGUACUUCCCUCCUCCCCUCCUGUGACCUAUUGCUGUUUUUACCAAAAACUUUUGGUAAUUGGCCCUGUCCAGUGCUGCCCAACUUGUUAAAAAGAAACCUGGCCAGCAUGUCCACCUGGCUGAGAAAGCAGUACAUCAGCUCAGAUGAUUUAGGAGAGAAGUGGAGAUGAGCUGAAUUGGAUGCCGCUCUCUCCUCAUCUACUUGCCCUCCCCAUCCACCUACCUUCGCCCCUUCCCCCCUCCACCCCCAAGCACCCACACAAUGUAAAGACCUGCACUGAACAAAUGCUUUGAGGCAUGACUGAAGGCGUGUCCUCACUGGCAGUUCGCUGGCGUUGGGAGGUGUGGGUAUUAGAAUGUGUUGACUGGAUGUCUGGUGACCUGAGUUUUGAGUCCCUGACCUGCCACCAGUUAGCUCUGUAACCACAGACAAGUCACUUAACCUUCCUUGGUCUCAUUGUCCUUUUUAAAAUGAAAAGUUUGGAAUAGAUGAUUCUUCAUGCUUCUAAAAUGCUGUGAUUCUAUUGCAUUCUAAAACUGAAUGUUGGACUUGAACUUGUCUGAAAUCCGAGACAGUUAUACAGCUAUACCUGUAGCCUACUUGGUUUAUCACAGAAUGGGGAUUUUCUGCUUUAUAGAUUUCCUUAAGUAACCUUGGGGCCUGCUCUCCCUUCCUUUCCUCUUUAGAAAGUCUUAGCCACUGACAGAACCAAACAUUGGGUGGAAAAGAGGGAGGGAGGGAGCAGUUAGGUGAGGAGCUAGGGAGCAGUGACCAUGUCUGCAUUUUAAUGUCAAAUAAAUGAUUUUUGGAUUCUG